AGUUUAUGCGUGCCGUUCGAACACGCAAUGUAUCAUCGUAGCAACUACGAUGUAACACGUGUCAAAGCAAGACUGUUUGGCUGCACUUCUGGCCAAGAUCGCAUCGACCGGCUCCACUGACCCAGUCUACAUCUGUGCUCUCUAAUCACCCAUACAUUAUCUAGAACAUUGUGUUUUUAAUUAAUAAAUCUCGUAGUGUAAAAGCCCUAAAGCGCGAAACCUUGUCAGACGAGGUGGAGAGUGAGGUUGCAAUACUCAAGACAAGCACGAUUACAAUAAAGUUGUGAUGCGACAGAUGCGAGCGGGAUCUCAUUGUUCCAUUCCGACGUUCAUUCGGAAAAUAUCCUCAUAAAAAUGCAGGAAUUUCAUCUCAUAGUUUUAGGACUGCUGGCACUAUGUAGUACCACCGAAGGAUCUUUUCGACAUUUUAUAUUGCUUAAAAAAGCUAUGAAUAUUGGAGUUAUAUUGCCUCCUAAUACGGUGACUGAGGUUGCAUUCGCGUCGGCUCUAGCCCGCGCCUCUAUGGAGAGUCAGAAGUACAAUUUCGUGAUGGACAUUAAGUACGCACCCUAGGGCGAUAGCUUUGCGGCUUCGAAAGCGGCGUGUGAACUUCUAGCCAGCGGAGUUAUAGCAAUCUUUGGGCCCACUGACUCGAACUCAGCAGAUGCUGUUGAAGCCCAUUGUCGAGUUGCUGAAAUCCCACAUAUCCAAGCAGUAUGGCGACCCCCACCCGUGCGAGGUUUAGUACAGCUGUCUCCACCUAACAUUAACCUGUUUCCUGAAGCCAUCGAACUGUCGAGGGCAGUGGCUCUUUAUAUUAAGGAUAAUGACUGGACCAGCUAUACACUGUUAUAUGACGAUGAUGAAGGGCUAAUUCGAUUACAGGAAGUCCUCAAACACGCGGACCCAGAACACAAGUGGUUAGUUAAGCGACUGAAACCGGGUGAGGAUAAUAGGCAAUUGCUGAAGUCACUUAAAGCGAUCGGUCAGACGAGAGUGAUUUUGGACUGUCCCUCUGAUAGAGUGCUCGAUUAUCUACGUCAGGCGCAUGAGGUCAAGUUUUUUGAGGAUUAUAUGAGUUACGUGCUAAUGUCACUCGAUGCGCAUACAUUAGAUCUUCAGGAAUUGCGUUAUGGAUUAUCGAAUGUUACGUGUUUGAGGAUAUUCGACCAUUCAGACUCUCGAACAAGAUCCUAUCUAGCCGAUUGGGAAGCGAGAAGUACUGCGGAUGUCAAGAUACCAAAAAUGACUCAUGAAAUUACUGUGGAAGCAGCAUUGGCCAGCGACGCCGCACGACUAAUUACCGACUCCGUGGAAAGCGCUCCUGAAUCCUUUAAAAUUGAACCAACGCCGAUCGAAUGCGAUUCGCAAAACCAAUGGGAAGCCGGGACAUACUUCACUGAACAUCUAUUAACGAAUCCAAUAGUAGGAAUUACGGGAAAACUUUUAUUGAAAAACACAACAGGAGAACGAACUAACUUUAAUGUAGAAAUAAUGGAGCUAUCUAACAGCGGGUUUAAUAGCAUAGCAAAAUGGAAUGCCGAGUUGGGUUUUGUUUACGUCCGAACAGCGAACGAAGUUUCCGAUCUCUUGACAGAAAAAUGGCAGAACAAAACUUUUAGAGUCGUCUCACGCAUCGGCGCCCCUUAUCUGGUUGAAAGGAAACCCAAAGAAGGCGAAGUUUUCACUGGUAAUGACCGCUACGAGGGCUACUCUAAGGACCUUAUACAUGAGAUAUUAAAAGAGACAUUGCAUCUUAAUUAUGAGAUUGAGAUCGUUCCUGGCAACGGCUAUGGAUCUUAUAAUAAAGAUACCAAGAAGUGGGACGGUCUUAUUGGACAUUUAUUAGAAAGGAAAUCCGACUUAGCGAUUUGCGAUUUAACUAUUACAUAUGAACGACGAUCGUCGGUAGACUUUACUACACCUUUCAUGACUUUAGGGAUCAGUAUUUUGUAUUCGAAACCGACGCCACCGGAGCCAGAGCUAUUUUCAUUUCUAAAGCCCUUCUCAGUCGAUGUUUGGAUCUACAUGGCUGCGGCUUAUUUAAUGGUUUCCUUAUUGCUUCAUAUUUUAGCAAGGCUCGCGCCAAAUGAUUGGGAGAAUCCGCAUCCAUGCGAUAAGUCACCGGAGGAAUUGGAAAAUAUUUGGCAUAUCAAAAAUUCUUGCUGGCUCACCGUUGGAUCGAUUAUGACACAAGGCUCUGAUAUAUUGCCAAAAGGCUACUCAACUCGUUGGGUCUGUGGCAUGUGGUGGUUUUUCGCUCUAAUUAUGUGCUCGUCGUAUACAGCCAAUUUAGCAGCGUUUCUGACUAAUGCGGCCAUGGAUGAUUCAAUUAAAAGCGCUGAAGACUUGGCUAUGCAAACCAAAAUUAAAUAUGGAACCGUUGUUGGUGGUUCAACGUCGUCAUUCUUUAAGAGGUCCAACGUGUCUACAUACCAACGAAUGUGGGCGGCGAUGGAAUCGGCCCGGCCAUCUGUGUUUGUGAAGAAUAAUGACGAAGGAGUUGAAAGGGUAUUAAAGGGUAAAAGAUCGUACGCCUUUCUCAUGGAAUCUACGGCUAUAGAGUACCAGCUAGAAAGGCACUGUGAUCUCAUGCAAGUUGGUGGAUUACUCGAUUCUAAGGGAUAUGGCAUUGCGAUGCCUUUUGACUCCUUUUAUCGAACUGCUGUGGACAAUGCAGUAUUAAAAUUAGCUGAAAGCGGAAGACUGGUGGAACUGAAAAACAAAUGGUGGCAGGCUCCGAAAGAUGAAGCAUGUGUUGAACAAGAAGCCACAGAAGAAGGAGCCAGCGCAGCGGAGCUUGGCGUAGAUAAUGUGGGUGGUGUGUUCGUGGUAUUGGGUAUAGGCUGCGGCAUGGCAGCUGGCAUGGGCGCUCUUGAAUUUCUAUGGCAUGUCAGGGAUGUUGCAGUUGAGCAAAAGAUGACACAAGCAGAAGCUUUCUGGGCCGAGUUAACAUUCGCAUUAAGUUUUUGGGAGACUGAAAAACCUGUACAGCAUUCAAGACCUUCGUCAUCCGCAUCAGCAGAUAUAGCAUCGAGGGCCUCUUCAGUAUUACGUUCGGCAGCUGAUUUGUUCAACAUCGAUGUUUUUAAAUAAAUCAUAGCAAAAA